AUGAAGUCCCGCACCAUUAUAUUUGUAAUUGGUGGCCCAGGAGCGGGUAAAAGCACCCAUUGCGCAAAUAUUGCAAGGAAGUUUCAAUACACUCACAUAUCCGUGAGGAACAUACUUAUAGCAGAGAGGAAGAAACCGAGUUCAGUUUACAGCCCGAUGAUCGACUUUUGCAUGAGAUAUGGCAGAGAUGUUCCAGCUUACAUAACAGUUCAAAUCAUCUUACAAGCCAUAAGGAAAGCCCCGUCGAGCAGAUUCGUCAUUGAUGAUUAUCCACGGAACGAAGACGAUGUUCAAAUAUGGCAUAGAGAACUAGGUAUAGCAGAGGACUUCACGCGACUUCUGUUUGUCUUUUAUUUAAGUUGCCCGGAGAUAAUCUGUGUCCAUCGCUGUUUGCGAAGAACUCGUAGGGGCAGGAAACCUCCUGAUCACUCUGAAAUAACUGCCAUUAAGAAGAGGUUCAGUGCUUUCAGGGAGGACUCAAUGGCAGUUAUUGACUUUUACAAAACCGUGCAUCUGCUGAAAAAAAUAGAUGCCAGCCAGCCGAAGGAAGAGGUCUUUGGUGACAUCAGGUCAAUUUUUCAUAGAUUUUAA